AUGGCUCAAGGCAGAUGGGCACUUCUCGCUUUGAUACAGGUAGCAAUUUGCCCACUCUCAGUGAUUGGGCGCUCGGAUGGCUUUGUCGUGGAGAAGAAGGGGCUACGAGCCCGAAACAUAGAUGUGGAAGCCUUCAAGGCAGAGGUUCGCAAUGCCAUGGAUGAGGCCCUGGGCUGCGGUGGCGAGGUCAGCGAGAAACAUCUGCAGGCUACAGAAGAGGUUCUGCACCCCAUGUUUAUUACACUCCCAAAGAACGGCAACGGCCGGCUCGAGCGACGGUCGCUGAGGUACCUUGUUUACCGGUACUUCCACCGCAAGUCUGCUCUGGUGAUUAGAGGCUUUGAGCCGACUCGCCUGAUUAAUGAAUCGACAUGGGGCGCUGCAGAUAUUCUCAGCGAACAAGUUCCUGGGUUUGUGGAGUCGGUGUUGCAGUCCAGCCACUUGACCGAGAGCGGCUUCGACCUGCGAGAUGCUGCGUACAUGGUGGCCACGUUGGAGCAGCUCAUCUUUGACUCGGAGAGCGCCCUUCUGGAGAAGGUCUACAACCUGCAGCACAAGCCACUGUCGCGGAUGUUGUCCGAACAGGGCUUGCAGCAACUCCUGGAGGCCUACAUUGCGGUCUGGAUGGCGGGCGAUGACAUUGUAAGCUUGUUGGGAAACAACCGGGAGUUGGCACAGGUCUUCCCUCAUUGGGAUCAGCUGCUGCUCUUCGCCCGUGGCCAGAUCUCAGCUUUGGAUUACCAGCGCGAGAACAAUCCGAAACUCAACAUGCAAGCGGGAGGCAAUGCACUACUCAAGCGCUAUUCUUUCGAUGAUGCCCACGCGGUCGUAGGAGAGAUCACGAAAUCGUUUGCAUCCUAUUGGGAAUCUGAGUGUCGAGCUAUGAAGCAGAAGCUGGUCAGCUUGGACAAGCGCAGAACUGGGCGAGUGCCUUUGUCCAAGUUCUAUGGCAAGUCCCUGACAGAUGCUGAGUGGCGGUUCGGUGAGUCCGAGUCCUAUCUUCGAGAGCUUGGCGCUUUAGAUGAAACCUCCUGGUUGGGGAAGCAGGUGAUCAUCUCCAAUUAUAUACAGGGCGCCUCGAACUGCAUUGUGACAGCUUCUCAUUACUCUGUUUGCUGCAUCAACGAAUGCGAGCCCAUCAUGGCUGAGAUCGAAGAAGCUGUUAAGGGCCCUCUCGCAGAGCCCGAUUUCAUGCUGUCUCUAGUAGGCAACAUGACGGCCUUGACCACACUUGAGGAUGAAGUUGACGUGCACUUGGACGAGUCCUUGGUUGCGCAGCUGACCUCUAUUGCAAAAGCCCACGGUGGCAAAGUUCCGAUCCAUGGUCGGCUCUUUGCUCAAUGGCUCCACUAUGUCUUUCCACGAGACUGCUCCUUUCCCCACAAGUCUGGUGCCGCCCAGUCACUGUCUCCCACACAGUUUGGUGAUGGUUACCUCGCCUCAGAUGAUGAGAUGGAGGCCCAUGCCAAGGACACAAAAGCGGAAAUUCCUCUGGCAACCAUGAAGAAAGAAGAGCUUCAAUGGAUGUCGCAAUGGAGCGAGGAUGAAGAACUCAUCGCAAGCUACAGCGGACUGCUUGCCAGUCCUUCAGCGUUUGGCUUCCAGGGUGGUGCGUCUAAGACUGUUAUCCUGCUGGGAUUCGGGCUGUUCAUGCUUGCAGCGCUGAUUGGUGGUGUCAGCUUCAAUCGCAAGGUCCCAAAUCAGGACUUCCUCCUGCCGAGUGCCAGCGGCAAGACUCACUUCGUGUAG